AAAAGAACGAUUCGCUCACGGAUCGGACAUCGGGCAGAAUUCAGGAGCUCCACCACAAGCGUGUCCUUACACCACAGGAAUGAAGCAAAUCAAACGGACGCGUAGCACACAGUUAUUCUGCAUAACUUAAUGGUUCAUUAUCUAAAUCCACGUCUUUUUUUUCGUUUCUCAUAGACUCAACAGGGAAAGUUUUAUAUCUGUGGAGGAAUACCUGCCAACGAACAGAACGCAUCAUCCGCAAACAGUCACACCUACUCCUCAGUAUUUGAGUGCGUUGAGGAGAUCGGAUUUGCCUUCGGACUGAAUUUUCUUAUUUGUUCAUUUUUGUGGGUGAGGGACAACUCCCUUAAAGUACGUAUAUUUUUCUUUUACAGAAUGAGUGUGGAUCUCUAGUUCUGUGCCCCGGUUUUCUGUAGGUUUGCGCGGAUCAUCUUGAAGUAGUUUUAGUUUCCGUAGACUGUUGUGUUGUCCCUCUUUUCUCUUUCUUGGAUGCUGGAAUUUAAGACUGACAGUCCCGUUCUCUCCUCAUGCUCAUGAAAACAACUCUCGGAUGUUAAGGAUUCCAGAGAAUGGUAAAUGAUCGAUGGAAAAUCAUGAACAGUGUUUCAGAACUCGAGGAUGGACAGCAGCAUAAAUCGCAGAGGAUGAGCUGUAGCUACCUCCUAUGCACCAUCCUGCUCUUUGUUGCUGUGUUACUGGCUGUCACAGUAACCGGGAUCAUCCUUCUGAUGAACCAUUACCAAGCGCCCGGUGGCCCCGACGGCCCCCCUCUCAUCAGCACUAACCAGGAUGAGGGUAAUGCCCUGGUAACCAUUGAGAGAGGCGACGGCUCCCGCAUCAACAUCUUCAUUGACCCCAACUGUCCUGACUACAACAAUAACUUCCUGCGUCUGGAAGGCGUGCAGACCUCAUUGCUGCACUCGCUCACCGACCAUGACACUGAUCUGAAGUCAGUGAAAGGGCAAGACCGGGCUUUGCUUGUUAAACUGGCCGAGGAGGUGGCCAAGCUGUCCGCCCAUGCCAGUCAGCUGAAGAUGGAGUACAACGCGCUGAGACAAGGCCAGAGCAACAUAGGACAUGAGCUCAGCACUCUACAGACCGAACAGGGCCGGCUUAUUCAGCUGCUGUCAGAGAGCCAGAUCAACAUGGUGAAAGUGGUGAACUCUGUGAGCGACGCGCUUAGCUCCAUGCAGAAGGAAACCGGAAACAUCAAGAGCCGUCUCAAGGCAGAUCUGCAGAGGGCUCCGGUACACAGCGUCCGGCCCAAGGGCUGCGCCGGUGGAGAAGGUUCCAGACCCAGGGAUUGCAGUGACAUCUAUGCCAGCGGGCAAAGAGAGGAUGGUAUCUACUCUGUGUUCCCCACACAUUACCCAGAAGGCUUCCAGGUUUUCUGUGACAUGACUACUGAUGGGGGCGGAUGGACGGUGAUUCAACGCAGAGAGGAUGGCUCUGUUAACUUUUUCCGUGACUGGGAAGCUUAUCGUGAAGGAUUUGGCAAGAUAACAGGAGAGCAUUGGCUUGGCAUGAAACGAAUCCAUGCACUUACCAUUCAAGCCAACUAUGAGCUGAGGAUUGACCUGGAGGACUUUGAGAACAGUACCUCCUUUGCAAAGUAUGGCUCUUUUGGAGUGGGUUUGUUCUCUGUUGACCCCGACGAGGAUGGCUACCCACUGAGCAUCGCAGACUACUCUGGCACAGCAGGCGACUCGCUGCUCAAACACAACGGGAUGAAAUUCACCACUAAGGACAAGGACAACGAUCAUUCUGAGAAUAACUGCGCGUCCUUCUACCACGGCGCCUGGUGGUACCGCAACUGCCACACCUCCAACCUCAACGGACAGUACCUGCGCGGCCAGCACACCUCGUAUGCCGACGGCAUCGAGUGGUCGUCCUAGACGGGUUGGCAGUAUUCGCUGAAGUUCACCGAGAUGAAGAUUAGGCCAACCAAGGAGGAGAAUAAAUGAGUGAGGACUAGAACACUUGACUAGAAGAGCUCAAAGAUGGCUGUAGGUGUUAGAGACACUCAAUACAGAAACGCAAGAACUUUCCGGCAACAACCUCUUUCUCAUGUUUCCGUUUCUAUUCAUCUCUCAAUUCCCGUUUUCCUACCAUCUUGUAGUGUUUGUGCUAAUGGGCCGAUGUUUUUCUCUUGAUCUGUUGUUCACAUCUCUGAAAAUUAUUAUGAAACAUUGCAGGUAUUGUCAAAAAUGUACUGAUGAAAUAAAAAGAUCGAUAGUUGUUGUCUAUAAAAAGAAAAAAGAAAAACAAACAAAAAAUACUUCUGUAGAUGUGAAAUUUAGCAAGAACGUGUAGCUUUUCAUAAAAAUAAAGACUUUUAACUCUUCAGACAUCCUACGGAGA